AUGUUAGAUGAAAUUCAUAGACAAGAACGUGAAGAGAUAGAAAACAAGCUUGAAGCAAAAGAUGAAGUCAUUGAAGCAAAAGACAAAAGCCUUCAGAAAAGAAUACCACGUUCGGUACCAAAAGGAAAGGAAAAGAACUAUAAGUAUAUGAUUUAUACUGAAGAGAUGGAAAAUGAAGAAGACAGAGAUAUGGUUAUGUUGCAUUUAGUCAGAAGAAACAACAAAAGCUUUUACGACCUUGCUAAGAUUUACAAAUCUGACAGAAAUUGGUUCUAUCGCGAAAACUUACCGAUUUCAAUGACACCAAAUGAAGAUGUGAAACAAAUAGUUCAAGAUACUUUACCUCAAACACACUAUGAUAUUAAAGGUUGUACAAUACUUACCUUCAAAGAAGAUUUGCCGCUACUGAAAGAAAAAAUAACAGAGUAUUUUGACAACUUCAAACAAGCAGAGUAA